CUAAUUAUAACCAGACCAUAUAAACCUCCUCUGCCACACAUCCUGUGGCCCACUUUUCUUCCCCUUACCCACCACGCACAUGUCUUCCAGCGUUGCAUCGUCCUCCGCAUCCGCCUCUACAACGCGGCCAGAACGGCGUCAACAGCGUCGGGAUCCCAAUCGCGGCAUGGAGCGCGUGCUCUCGAGCACGACGGAAAACAAGGAGUGGAAAAUUCAGCUCACGAGCACUCAUGGUCCUGAGCUAACCGAGGAAGAUUUCGACUUGGACGAAGCCAAGACUGCACGCCCACAUAUCCAGCGCGGUCACGCUGUUUCGUAUCCCCUGGCGUCCGAGAAGGUUAACGAUGAAGAUGAGGACGACGAUGACAAGGAGUUUCGGUCUCAUCUGCGAGAAUUUGUACCGUCUUAUCGCCACGUCAACGUUACCGGACUGAGCGAGGAGGUCUAUACUACGGCACUCUAUGUCGAUGACUCGGAUAACGUCAGAUUCUUCGAUGUCAUGGGGGAGAUCGCAUCCCGCAACCAGCUUACCUCCCACCUCCCCAAGAACGUGGAGGACAUCCGGAAGGGACCAAAGUGCAAAUGGAACGCAGAAGCGGUAUCGAAGGAAAAGGUCGAAGACUCGGAUGUCAUCUACAAGCUGCCGUACCACCGGGUACUGGUUUCGACGCAGUAUUUCGCGUCUCAAGUUGACCUUCUUAAAUCGUUCAGGGAUGCCAUAGAAGCCCAGAAGUUCCUCUGGGAGUCCGGCGAAGUGCACGGCAACGUCGAUCUCAACACGAUGCUGACAGACGAGCACCGCCCAGGCGACAAGCGAGGGUCCCACAGAGGCUACCUAUUUGAUUAUGAGCCCGCGCGUAGCUUCGCGAUACCAGGGUUUGAGAACGUCAAUUGGAGGCUGUUGAUGAGUAGCGUGCCACAGAUGCGGGAGUAUAUCCCGGACUUGAUAAAGAAGACGAAGGGCAUGAAGUUCGCGGACGAUGAACCGGAGGAGAAGAAGACGUAAUGCCGGCGACUGGGCGAAGUUCUUGUAAUGUGUCUGUGUGGCUAGAGCUGUGAGUGGUCGUAUGUUGUAUCAGUGUGUAUGAAUCCACGACCCGCGAACGAGGCGGCCGACUCGAUGGACGACACAAAAUUUUACAAGGCUUCGAAUGCCUUACGUGAAGUCAAAGGUUGUGACAAUUGUUACCGUUCAAUCAUG